CUCAUGCUACUUCCUCCUUCAUUUCUCUCUCCUUCCUUUGCUGCACAAUUCAUAAUAGUAUUCCUAUAUAUAGCCUUCUCAGGUUGGGAACUCAGCCCUGGCAGAUUCAACCCUUCACCCUUUUGCCCUCUCUACUUCUAUCCAAUCCUUCUCACGCCGCCAACAUCCCCAUAUCUCUAUGUUCAUUUAUAUUCGUUAGCUCCCACAAACUCAACUCCCUUCAACAUCUCUCAUCUCUCUUCAUUAUUAGGGUUCAGUGCUGACUUGACUCGUUAAUCAUGGAGGAUAUCAUUCAAGAGGAAGUUAUGGUGGGGUGCAAGGAUCAGGCACAAAUCAUGAAGGGCAAGCGUACCAAGCGUCAAAGAGCACCAUCCCCACUAAGGCUAGCCAUAGCCAUGCCUUGCGCAACAGCCAGCAGCAAUGAGAUCUGUUCCGGCGGGUCCGACGUCGCAAACACGUCCUCAUCUGAAUUGAGGGACAGCACGCCGUCAACGACGAUGCAGACGGAGGAAGAGGAGGACAUGGCCAAUUGUUUGAUUCUUUUGGCUCAAGGCAAAUUCUCGCACCCCGUGGGUGUGCCCAAGGAUGGGGCACACCUUUACCAGUGCAAGACUUGUGACCGAGGCUUCCCUUCAUUCCGAGCGCUUGGAGGACACAGAGCCAGACACAAGAAGACGAAGCCCAACCCGGAAGACAGUAACCAUGUUGGUUGCGACGAUUACUGUACCGGCACUGCUCUCUCCUUGCAAUUAUCAAGUAGCAAGGUUUCUUCGUAUAACGGUAACAAAUCAUCGUCCAAAGUUCAUGAAUGUUCCAUUUGUGGGGCUGAGUUCUCUUCCGGGCAAGCCUUGGGGGGUCACAUGAGAAGGCAUAGAACCUUGGUGAACGCUUCAGCAACUACCACUAUCACCAGCAGCCCCGAGGUCAGGAAACCCAGAAACGUCUUGAAGUUGGACUUGAAUCUUCCUGCGCCUGAUGAAGAUCAUGAUCAUCGCGCUGAAUCCAAGUUUCCCUUUCACUCCAAAGACUCUGUCCUCGUCUUCUCGGCGUCUCCUUUGGUGGAUUGUCCUUACUGAUCAAGUAUUGUGGAUUUAUUAACCUCGCCGAGAAACAAACUUGAUUUCUUUCUCUUUUCGCUCAGGUUAAUGUGUAUCAGAUUAAUGCCCAUUCUUUGAUAAUUGCCUUCCAAUAUUCUUUUAAUAUUGUUC